ACGAGAGCGUAAUUAGGUGGUCCGUUGCGUGAGGUGUGCCGCAAUAACGCCGCAGCUUCCAGUAAACGCCGUGUUGAGACGCUGCAUGACACUGUCACGGACGAGUUAAUUUUACUGUGUAAAUAUUUUGUUUUGAUUCGGUCGGAGCGCUGUUGCUCGUGGCACAUGGGAUUUCACCAUUACGCAGUCCUUCUGCUCUAACACAGAAAUGACCCAUGCAUGCCUCGGCGAAUUCCCCACAAACCGCUCUUUGCUCGGACUUGCUUCCUGAAUAUUCAGUCCAAAUAUCCAUGGCGUACCGCGAUUCUUUUUCAUAUUGUGACGGUGCUCAAUCUGGCAGCAACAGUUUAUAAAAUAUUUAUCCUGAAUCUAGUGCAUUUCACAGUAUUUAAACUGCAUGAUCGGCACAGCCGCGUAAUGCGAUGGAGAAGCGAAAAUACUGCUACUGCAGCAGAAUUUUUUUGAUUUUUAUGAUACUAGCUUCGUGCGUCAAUAGCCGGAGAGUCAUUCUGUUGUCCGUACAGUCGUGGACAUCACUGCCGUCCAGUCUGAACUAUGUCGGAGCACCGAUCGACCUGGCAGUGAUGACCGUCAACGAGAGGUAUAUGGAUGAUAAUAUGGUAUUUUCUGUCGUUGACUGGCAGCGCAACCAAUCGCGCACAUGUGGUGAUGUACAAAAUGAUGUGUUACCCUUUGUGACGGAAUACUACACCGCACAACGCUGGAAGCAGUCGGCUGACGAUGUUUUUGUUCUGCUUGCUACCGCAUGCAGCGAAGCGGUUGGGUAUCUUGCAGACCUUGCUAGAGAGUGGAAUAUCUUGGUUAUGACAGCGGGUGGUACCGACGCCGCACUCGAGAACAAACGUCGCUUCCCGACCCUCUUGCGUCUAGCUCCGUUCCAGCAGCAAGACCUGACGGACGUUGUUAUGAGCUUGCUGCAGCAGUACAAUUGGACCAAUCUGGCGCUGAUCUGCGAUGAUAGUGCUACCGAGUUCAAUACCUUCUUCUUAAUCUGUCGGGCACUGCCAGAUGUUAUCAAGAAGCGGCAUUCCGUUGUCCUUACACAUUUGCACUACGAUUUUAAAGCCAAUCCGGAUUACGAGAGAUAUCUGACGGAAGCGGCAACAUACAGCCGAGUGCUUUUAAUCAGCACACAUGGCUCCCGUCUACGCAAUAUCCUGGUAGUGGCCUCAAAAAUGGGAAUGGCUAACGGAGAGCGUUUAUUGGUAUCCUUCCCUUCGCAUCCCCGUUUAUUGGAAAGCUAA